AUGGCAGGGAACGGGCCGCCUGCCCCCGCCGCCUGCCCCGAGCCUCUGCCCCGCAGCGUCUUGAGGAAGUUCCUGCUGAUGCUCAUGUCCCUGCUCAUGUCCCUCUACGUCUUCUACUGCCUGGCCGAGCGCUGCCCCAGCCUGCCCGCGCCCCUGCUGGCGGCCGCCCCAGAGCAGGCGGCGGGCGGCGGCGGGUGGCUGGAGCCGGGGUCCCCCUCGCUGCCCAGCUGGCCGCCGGCGGCCCGGAGGAAGCGGCCGAAGCAGCAGCUGCGGCGGCCCGACGCACCUGGCCGAGGUGCGGGGUCGGGCGGCGGCAGGGAGCCCCCGGGCACGCUGGCCCUGCUGCUGGGCGAGGGCAGCAAGCGGCUGCCGCAGGCCAUCAUCGUGGGCGUGAAGAAGGGCGGCACGCGGGCGCUGCUGGAGUUCCUGCGGGUGCACCCCGACGUGCGGGCCGCGGGGGCCGAGCCGCACUUCUUCGACCGCGGCUACGAGCGGGGCUUCGCCUGGUACAGGGAGCUGAUGCCCAGAACCCUGGAUGGGCAGAUCACCAUGGAGAAAACUCCCAGCUACUUCGUCACCAAGGAAGCACCUGCUCGAAUCUCCGCCAUGUCGAAGGGCACCAAGCUCAUCGUGGUGGUGCGGGAUCCCGUGACCCGAGCCAUCUCGGAUUACACGCAGACUCUCUCAAAGAAGCCUGAUAUCCCCACCUUUGAAAGCCUGACCUUCAAAAACAGGACUACAGGCCUGAUCGACACCUCGUGGAGCGCCAUCCAGAUCGGCAUCUACGCCAAGCACCUGGAGAACUGGCUCCUCUACUUCCCCAUUGGGCAGAUCCUCUUCAUCAGUGGGGAGAGGCUGAUCAGUGACCCUGCCGGGGAGCUGGGCAGGGUCCAGGACUUUCUGGGCCUUAAGAGGAUUAUCACAGACAAACACUUCUACUUCAACAAAACCAAGGGCUUCCCCUGCCUGAAGAAAGCUGAAGGCAGCAGCAAACCCCACUGCCUGGGGAAAACGAAAGGCAGGACCCACCCCAGUAUAGACAGAGAGGUGGUGCAGAGACUGCGGGAGUUCUACAGGCCUUUCAACAUGAAGUUCUACCAGAUGACUGGGCAUGACUUCGGCUGGGACUGAGGCUGAAAAAUAAGAAUUAUUUAAGAAAAGAAAAAAUAUAAUAUAAUAUAUAUUUUUUUUACAUAUCAGAGAGGAAAUGUUAGAGGUGUGCUGAAAACGCUGUCCAUUCUGUUUGUUCUUUUUGACACAAUGUUACUGCUUGGUUUGUUUUCUUUCCUCUAUUAGCAGCAGGUUGGUGUCUGCUUCCACGGACGAGGCAAGGUGGCUGUGGGCCAAUGCUUGGUGCUAUUGAAGUCAAAAGGGCUCUGGCCCUUUAGGUCAGUGGUUUCAGAAUUUGACAGUCUGUAGAAAAGUCCAGGAGCAACAUUUUCAGAUUUGCCUAAGUGACUUAGGAGCCUACAUUCCAUUUUCAAAUGCGACAUAGGUACUUAGAAGAGCCUAACUCUUAUUGAAAGUCAGUAGGAUUUAGGCUUCUAAGGCCCAGAUUUUAAAAGGUAUUUAGGCAUUGUUGUGCUCAGCCUUGCAAUGCCUAACUGAUUUAGGCACCUAAAUUUCAUCAUUAAGAUUGAGGCUCCUAAAUGCCUAAAUCACUUUUGAAAAUGGGACCUAGGCUCCUAAAUUGGUUCGAUAUUGCAACAGGGAGCUCAGCAACACCUAAAUACCUUUACAAAUCUGGGCCUUGGUGACUAAGGGCUGGAUUUUUAAAUCUAUUUAGGUGUUUAACCCCCAGGGGAGGUGCCCAAAUGCCUUUAAAAAUGUAUCUCUUAGUCACUUUUGAAAAUAGGGCUUAAGGUCCUAAAUACCUAAAUCACUUUUGAAGAUCCCAGAGCUGGUCAAGACACUUCUUCCUGUGAAAAUUUAUCAUUUUUUUUCACGUUGGUGGUGUUGGUUCAAAAAGUGGAAAAAAAUUCUGUCAUCAAAAACCAAGUUUUUUUUCAGCAACUGGUAAAACUGGAGGGUUUUUUGUAUACAAAAUUGAACUAAUUUGGGUUUUGAUUAUAGAAAGCGGGGGAGGCAAGGAAAUAGAUUUUGACAAAAACUGAUCUUUUGACAUGAAAAUCUCACUGUAGUCAAAAGGCUGUUUUCCAGCCCACCAGCUCUCAAGCAGCUUCCCCUAUCACUUGUACUCUCUCCAGGUCGCUAUUUCAGAGCUCACCAACCUCUUUCAAGAUUCUCAGUCAGAAAGUUCACCAAGCCAACAUGCCUCCCAUUGGAUGUCAUCCGUAGAGUUUGAGGCUGUGGCCUUCAUGGGAUUUCACACUAAGAGGGGAGUCAUUGGGGGCUGUAGGGGGGUUCCAUGUCCUGUAUAUUCUUGAAUAGGGAAUAACUAAGUAAGAACCAGAGUUGGAGGAGGGGAGGUGUGUGAGGUAUCCUGCUAAGACAUGUUCAGGAAUAUGUUGGACGAGGACCUCUUGGCUUCAGAAAAAUCUCAGAAGAGAAAAUGUUGGGGCAAAGGUUCAUUGGACCGACCCCCAGCAUGCAAGGUCACAUUGACCCCGCUACCUCCCGCCAGUAUUGUCAUCCUCUGUCUCAGUUCUUGUUUCAGAAUGUUCCAGCUCCAGCUUUAAUCCCUUUUUUGGCCAGCAUCUCGUGGCACAAAACAUCUGGGUCAACAUUUUAUAAUCAUCUGAACCGAACAAAAGUAGCGAUCAGAUCAGUCAAAUGCAACCCAGAACAAAGCAAAGCCACAGCGCUUGCUGGAGUGCACAGUGCUUCCCUUUGUGUCUUAAUCCUCGCGGCGGUCUAAGGGCAGAAUCAUGGGUGGCUACAGUGCUCGCCUGUUGUUAAGAUGCUGGCCAGCUGUGGUCACAACAGCUAAAGGGGCUGCUGCAACAGCCACACUUUCUCAGCUGAGUAAAACAGCACAUGCGGAUGAAUUUGGACAGUGCAAGAAUUUUCAUCACCACCUCCAACUUUCAUCCAAAACUCAAACCAGAAGAUUUCCUUUGGUGCAGCAGUAAAGCUGUUAACUUUGUCCCCUUGUUGUAUUUCCCUAUCAGCCUCCUCUGGACUUCUAUUUUCUAGCCCCAAAUGCCAAAAUCAGAGCAGGUUGGCAAAAGUUUUUAGCAAAAAUCAAUGACAGUGUGUAUUUCCUUUCCCCUGAGAUUUGACAUUUUACUGGAAUACUUCAGUGAAAUUUCAGAAUGUGCAAUGCUUUGACCAGCGCUAUAGUUUCUGAGCUCAUGCUCAGCUAGUGGGGGUGAUGGGAGAACCAUCAAAGUGGCCCUUCUUUACUUGUUUUGCUAUCAUUGCUUAACCUGAAAAUGGAAUCUCCGGAAAGCAAUUGAUUUGUUUCAUUCAGGCCGCUGGUUUGGUUACAGCUGUCCCACUGGCACUGCUCGAUGAAUGGCCCUCUCCGUAUAUUCCCGCUUCCCAUGUGAGCAAUGCCAUUUUACACCUCCAGUUCCAAAACCCAGAUGUUGUGGGCAAUAUUGCCUCCUUAGGUGUCAUAGUGGUUUAAGCCUAACAGCAAGGUAGUGGCUCGGUCCUUGGAGGAUUGAGGGACUGAUGCAUUUUGAAGUUCACCAAAGGCUGAAGCUGUCUGAGCGCCUUGGUUCUGUUACCCAGAGCUUCUUUCAGCUUGCGGGUGAAGAGCUGGCCCCAGCCAAGUGUUUAACGCCUGAUCCAAAAGCCAGGGCAGUCAGUGGAAAGGUUCCUAUUGAUUUCAGUGAGCCUCAGCUCAGAACCCUACAUGAAAAAAGUAAAAAGUCCCAAUAUGUUUCAUCCAGACCAUCGGUGGAAGUUUUCAAGAUGCGGCUUUUUGGUUUUGGCCAUACCGCAUCCAUUCAGAUGAAUUGGAACCGAGCAGCUGAAAAUCCCACUCCCCAUACCUAGCACUUUGAAAAGGUGCUCUUGAGGUCUGGUGACAAUUCCCCUUACUUUUAAGAGAGGGCUACAGUAUUUAUGGUCCUUAUGCAUUCCCAACACACACAGGACACAUUGAAGGGAAAUGAAAGCCCUCUCUGUGAAAUGUGGCCUAUUAGAUCGUGUUUCCAGACAGCUCUGACUCAUGUGAGAAGCUCACUCGUAUAUUUAUAUGACAUAAUGCUUUCCCCUCCCCCAAAGCUGCAUUACUCUGCAACAGGGAGUCUCUUGAACUUUGAACUUCCUGGCAGUGGAAUAGAGACUCAUUUUAAAAUAUUUAUAAUGGCUGAACAUUGUAUUCAAUAUUGGUAAUUCCUAUGGCAAGAAUCCCCUGGGCUGCAGAUAAGAAACCUCGGUGUCAUUUUGCAACCUGGCUUAUACAUGUAACUAGUGCCAGAGGUGAUUUGUAUGGGAGUGUAACUUACGCUUCCGUAGGCUAACUUAGCCUUCCCGGGUGGGAUUUUCAGACACCCUUAAGUGACACACAAGAAAAAUUGCCUUGAAAGCCAAUAGAGUUUGUGCUUCUAAAUCACUGAGAUGGUUCUGAAAUCUCAUUUACAUUUUGUCAGCCCCACUUGGCAACUUCUGAGGGUAUGUCUUCCUGCAGCACAUGCAGCUAUACACAAGCUAACUUCUGGCUAGCUCAGGUACCACCAGCAAUGAAGCUCUGACCAUACAAGCUAGCAGCUCCCCAAGUAACUACCCAGGAUUCUCAGCGGUUUUGUACAGCCCAUGUGCUGCUGCGGCUUCCCUGCUCUGGGCGCUCAUGCUAGCUAGAUUAAAGCUAGUUCAGGUCUCGGUACACAUGCUGCAUUCAGUUCUCUGAUGGCAGUGUAGACAUACCCGGAGAGCCUGCAUGGUGACAGUGUGGAGAGUCAGAGAGAGGUAUAAAGUAUACCAAAAGUCCUUCUAAACUUAGAUCCACUGCUGCAUUUAGCCCACAUGAUUGUACCAUGUCACCACUGGCCCAGGCAUUGUGACUUCCUAAGAGCUCCAGUGAAGCAGCCUCACUGCAAUUCAUCCCCGCACAGUGAAGGAAUCAGUCAUGACCUUCCAUUUUCCCCAAUCGCUUCCCAGACUCAAUGUCUUGGAUCUCUUAUAAGCCAUCAUCUGCAUUUGAGAACAUCGACAAGCCCAUCUUGAAUCACUUGUUAACAGAAUCAAGGACCAGUACGGCUCAUAAAAUGUUAGUUGCCUUUAAUCACUAAGUCUGCUGCUGUCAGACUGAGUAUGACUAAGCAUGUUGUGGGAUGCCUUUGGAACAAAUUGGCUUGCAAAGGUAGAGGUACAGGGAUGUAGCAUUAAUCUCGGUGCAAGGUUCUCCUCCUAACCCUUGUGAAAGCUAACGGGCAUCAAAAUCAAAUGGCUUUAUGGCACCAGUUGGGGGAACUAGACCACCUGCUUAGUUACUGAGCGACUGGCAUUGUUUAAAAGGGGGACAGUCACAGAGUUUAGGGCCAAAAGUUAGGCUUUGUUACUUUUGUGAAACUUUUUUGUUUUGUAAGAGGUGGGAUUUUUUAAAAGCACCUAAGUGCCUUGGGCACAACAGGGAGCAAGUGGCACAGGCACAGUGACACAUAGGUGCCAACGCCCAUUGUUUUUCAGUAUAAUGAAGACCUGCUCUAUACACAGGUUUUGUACCAGUAGAAAUGUUGGUUAGGAGGUGGGGGUUUUUUUAACCAACUCUUUCCUGCCCAUUGACUUUCAAAGCUCCUAAAUCACUUAGGAGCUUUUGAAAAUCCCACUGACUGAAUAAAACUUGCCAUUUCCCUAGUAGCCUAAGAAAAGUUAACGCAAAUCUCUUUGAAAUCUAAUACAAUUUAAACCUCAGAUCCUAGAAGGUAUUUAAGUGAAUUCAAGGAGAGUUAGCCUUUAACAUACCUUUGAGGCUCUGGGACCAAAUUACCUAAGGCCCUUAGUCUGAUUUCAAAAUCCUAAACAAGGGAGUGGAAUGAAUUUAAUCAGUCCCCUGUGUAAGGAAACCCCUAGCUCAACAUUACUGAGCAAGUGUAGCAGAACUGGAAAGUGAAAUUGACUUAGAGUUUGAUUUUUUCCCAAUGGAGUAAAGUGGGGCUGGUGGGGGGAGAGAGAGAGAGAAUUGGUGAUGAACAGCAAAUUAGAUGUUUAAAAAUCUUUCUGUUUUAAUAGCUAAGGUGUUCUUGAGCCCAGAUAAGGAUUGGGUUUGUGUAUUUUAUCAUAUGCAACGUUUAGACUUUCACAGUGUCUCGUUAAAGUGCAGUAUCAUAUGGAGGGUCAUAGCCUUCUCUCAGGGCUUGGCUACACUUGCGAGUUACAGCACAUUAAAGCAGCCCCAGGCACACUAGCUCACUCCCCAAGGCACGUAGAGUGCUCUGACUCCGCGGCUACAGCGCUGCUGAUACUCCACCUUGGCGAGUAGAAUAAUGUUUGCGCCCCCCCACUGGAGUGCCAUGGCGCCAGUGUGGAUGACGUGUUGCAUUACUGCGCUCUGAUCAGCCUCCAGAAACAUCCCAUAAUCCCCUUAAGUCAAGUGGUCACUCUUGUAUAGGCUCUUUGAAAGCUCCAUUUGACAGCUGGCUGCUUAUCUGCUUCAAGACAAAGCAACCAUUACAAUGCUGUGUGAGAGAGAGAGAGAGAGGCAGCGGGAG